AUGUCAAAAUCUGUCAACCUUUUGCAGCGAUUAGCAUUAACCUACAAGGCUUCUCGAUUCCCUUGGAAAAAGCAUGCUAUUGUUGGAUAUGACUUAUCAGGAAACGAAUACUGGGACUGUCCAAACCCAUUAGGUGGUAGAAUGAAACGUUGGGUGCAAAUGAAGAAUGUACCUCGAGGCAAUUUAACAAUAUUUGAAGAAAACCAAUUACCAGUUCAGUGGCAAGCCUGGCUGAGGCAUACACGAGAUUAUCCUCCAACCAUUGAAGAAUUAAUUCAAGACGAGAAAAGAAAGUCAAUAGUAAAAGAACGAGCGAAAGUUUUGGAACAGGAAUGGGAACAGCGAAAACUCCAACUACAGCAAGAAGCAGAAAAGGAGAAGCAACUGUUGGAAGAAAGCAGUCGAAAAGAAAAAGAUAAAAGUGAAGAACCCAAGUCGACAGAACCUGCUGGACAAGGAGAUACAUUCACUCCUGGUGAAUGGAACCCGACUGUUUCUAAACGAUGA